AUGCACAAAAACGUUUGGCAAGAAUUAGUAAACGGUGAGAUGUACCCUCCCACAGUAUCAGAGGUCCCUGUGCACAUGGUUUACCCUGAACACUUCCCUCCAGAGAAGCGUCUGGUCACCGGUCAGGAGGUGUUUGGCCUCCUGCCGGGCCUCACCAUGUAUGCCACCGUAUGGCUGAGGGAGCACAACAGAGUCUGUGAUGUCCUCAAGGCGGAUCACCCCACCUGGGACGAUGAGCAGCUCUUUCAGACCGCCAGACUCAUCAUCAUUGGAGAGACAAUCAACAUCAUAAUAGAAGAGUACGUGCAGCACCUGAGUGGCUACCUGUUGGACCUGAAGUUCGAUCCCACUCUGCUCUUCAACGCACGCUUCCAGUACAGUAACCGCAUCGCUCUGGAGUUCUGCCACAUCUACCACUGGCACCCGCUGAUGCCUGACAGCUUCCUCAUCGACGGCGAAGACAUCCCAUACCCUCAGUUUAUGUUCAACACAUCCCUACUCAUGCACUACGGGGUGGAGAAGAUGGUGGAUGCCUUCUCCAAACAACCUGCAGGCCAGAUAGGGGGAGGUCACAACUCACAUGUAGUUGUGCUUCAAGUGGCAGAAAAGGUCAUCAAAGAGUCUCGAGCAACACGAGUGCAGCCCUUUAAUGAAUACAGGAAGAGGUUUAACCUAAAGCCGUACACCUCUUUUUAUGAAUUUACUGAUGACAUUGAAAUGGCCGAAGGUUUGGAGGAGCUCUAUGGUGACAUUGAUGCUCUGGAGCUCUACCCCGGUGUCCUGCUUGAGAAAGCACGACCUAACAGUCUAUUUGGGGAGAGCAUGGUGGAGAUGGGGGCUCCCUUCUCCCUGAAAGGCCUGCUUGGAAACCCCAUCUGCUCCCCUGAGUACUGGAAGCCCAGCAGCUUUGGGGGAGAGAAGGGCUUCAAUAUCGUCAAAACUUCCACCUUGAAGAAACUGGUGUGUCUAAACACCAAAUGGUGUCCAUACGUGGACUUCCAUGUUCCAAGAAAUGACGAGGAGCUGAAAUCAAAUUCUGAGCUUUAAUCAAUUCAUCUCAAUCAGUGUAUUACUAUGCUGACUGUAGGGGACAUUAUUUAGCUGCCAAUGUGUUGCAAAUUGUUCUCUUUAGGGAUAUUUUAAUUAUACAUGACAUUUAGUGGUUUCAAUCCUGCCUGCAGAGAGAGAGACAUAGGCUACUCUGAAUCCAAGCAGGUCUACCUCCUGAGAAAAACAGGUGACAAAUUCCAUAGUUUCUGGAGCAGGAAAAAAUAUUUGCACUAUCUUGAAAAUGUUUUUUAUUUGGUAAUGGUAAUUUUUUUGUGUGUAUUUUCUCUUUUCUUUCAGUGAGGGUAUAACAUCACCAUAUCUUCUUGAAAAAUGUAAUGUAACUAAAAUAGUCAUAGUAAAACAUUUCUACAAAAUAUGAUAAAUAUUGUGCAGACAUUCUUGUUGCCUGUUAAUGGAAACACAACUCAAGAUUUGAAGAUUCAAAGAUGUAUUGUCAUGUCAUAUGCUACGGUGUAGUUAUGCAAUUAAUGAAAGUAGGUCACUUGUUCCUCACCAGCACAAUUACAAGACAUACAUUUUUAUAAAAAUAAAAUAAAAUAGUCCAAAGAAUAAAAAUGUAUUAAUUAAUCUUGGUUAAAUUGACAUGAAUGUUAAUAAUCUGGGAGAAAAUAAAUUAUACAUUUCUAAAUAUAGUCACUAUUUAGAUAACCCACUUGGCAAUUUAGAGUUUGAGUGCAACACACUUCUGGCUGAGCAGCUGAUCUUUAACACUUCUUCAUCUCUUUUUAUGUCUUUUAGAUGUUUUGAGUCUAUGCAUGUGCUUUAUACAUACGUUUGACUUUACCAUUGAAGGAAUUUGAAUUAUAUUUGAGACAAUAUGCUUUAUUAAGAUGGUAAACGUGAUGCUUACCAUUAGCACGUUAGCAUGCUGACAUUACCAUCUAGCUUGUGCUGGGCAGCCUCACACAGGCACUACUGUAUAAUGGCUACAGACUCUUAGUAUUGUUACUUUUUUUCCAGCUGUUUAAUGAGUUUCUACACAAUUGGAAUAUAGAGAAAAAACAUACAAUCACAAAACUAGGUCGCUAGAUGUGAUGUCUUAGUUUGAGUUCUCACACCAACUUAAUGACAGGAAGAGGAUGUUGUGUCGCCUUGUGUGAGAAAAGUGAUCACACUUUACUGUGGUUUUGUUGAUGUCCCAAAAGGGAACCACAGGUUUACUUCUCUGUUUCACGUUUAAACUUAGCGGUUACAACUCAGUAACUUGUCUUCAUAGAGCACAAGUCAGUGUAUGUUCACAAAAACCCCAACUCAAUAUCCUCUUAAUAUUAUAGAUUAACAAGACUUUUCAAAAGUUGCUACUAUUCUAUUCUUAAAUCCUACUAAAGUUAUUCACCUUUAAUCCCACGCUCUGACAUUUGCAGAAAAGCUAGUAAAUGUUUUUGCUGAACAUAUUUUAACCAUACAAUCUGAAUUUGAACCUCAUCUCUUUCCAUCAAAGAUGAACUUCAGUGGCAGCUUUUAGGAAUUUCAUACAACCAUUGAAUGCAAGGAAGCGCAUUUCGUGUUAUAGUCACGACAUUUAAUCUAUUGAUUCGUGU